AUGACGACUCGUCAUCCGUACUACACACGUUCCAACAAGUCCAAAAUCAUGGCCGAAUACGAAGCUGACAAUGUUGCCGUUCGCGAAUCCCUUGCCCAGGUGCAAGGUGAAAUGAAUCUGUUCAGGGGAAAUAUGGAGACUAUCCUUGAGAUCCUCCAAUCUCAGAGGAACCUUGCCUCUGUUGCUGCCAACGUCACCCGUGCCGCUGGGGUGACCAUUCCUGAUGCUGCUGCUAGCACUACCGUCGACACUCCGACGGAAACUGUUGUGCCUAACUCUGGGAACCGUCAGAUGACAGGGGCACCUCAGGCCCCCAAUGCUCAGCUUGGAAUGCAACAUCUUCAGCCUGCUAACGUUGCUCAGACGGUGCCACCGAGUUUCUCCUACCCGCCUCAGAUGUGGUUCACCUCGAACAUGCCUGCUCCAAUCGCUCCAGAAGCUUCUCGACCGGCCAGUCAGGUCGUUCCUCCCGCUGUUGAUCCGGCCAGACCUGCGGAUUACCAGCUCUUGGACGAUAGAAUAAGGGUCAUUGAGGGUUUCUCUUCCUUUGGCAUAGAUGCUCGAGACCUCUGCUUGGUCCCGAAUGUGGUGUUACCCCAAAAAUUCAAGGUGCCUAACCUUCCCAAAUACAAAGGCCUUAGUUGUCCCCGCAGUCACCUCACCAUAUACUGCAGGAAGAUGGCUUCACAUAUUGAUAAUGACAACCUCUUGAUCCAUUGCUUCCAAGAUAGCCUGGUUGGGGCUUCCUUAGAUUGGUACAUGAGUCUAGAGCGUUCAAAGAUUCGGUCUUGGAGGGACCUCUCUGAGGCAUUCUUGAAACAAUAUAAGUAUAACCUUGACAUGGCUCCGACAAGGCUUCAAUUACAGAGUCAGUCGCAAAGAUCUAAUGAAACCUUCAAGGAAUAUGCUCAAUGUUGGCACGAAAUGGCGUCUAGGGUUCGGCCAACAUUAUCUAACAACGAAUUGGUAGACAUCUUCAUGGGUACGCUACAAGGGUUGUAUUUUGAAAAGAUGAUUGGCAGUUCAUCGACAAAUUUUACUGACAUGGUAACCAUUGGGGAACGUGUUGAGAGUGAGCUGAAAUCAGGGAAAAUAAUAGACACGACCACACAUCAGACAACCAACAAGAGGCCGCAUGGGGGCUUCGCUAAAAAGAAGGAGGGGGAAGAAAAUGUUGUAAUGGUGAAGGCUCGCCCCCGAUAUCAAUUUCCGAUGGCCCCUAUGCCGUAUUAUCCGUAUUCAUACAUCACCGCAGCUCAAUAA